AUGGCUGAUUCCUUGACGCCAAAUCUUCACGACGACCGUCGCUCAACUGCGGCUCAAGAAGUUAAGCAGGCCAACUUUCCCUUGGUAGAAAGGUUCAAGCUCAUGGCUAUGGACAUAACCGGAACAGUUUUCGAGUAUGAUUGGCAGGGACAGGUAUUGGCCAAGUCUUAUCCUAACGGUGCUACGAAACUGAACAAGUGCAUCGGAUAUCUACUUCGAUACAGCGAGUUCUACGCUGAUGAACCAGGAGGUCGGCGAGAGACAUUACUCGACAGCAUCUAUAAGUGCAGCGAUGCUACCGAGAAGCCCAACAAAGCCACGUUUGGCAAGGCCGACGGACAGACAUACUUUAGGCUCAUAUUUGAGUAGGAUCUCCAGCCGUACACCC